AUGGCGCCCUCCUCCACCCCAGACCAAAAACGCCUAUACAUCCUCGACUGCGACCUCAGCCACUGGGACUCGCGGCACGGCCGCAUCAUCUCCUGCCUCGCCGACGGGUCCGACCAGCAAGACCUCGUGACGAAUCUGCACGAGUUCCCCGACGGCAUCGCCAUCGACCACGCCCGCGGCCACCUCUACUGGACCAACAUGGGCACGUCGGGCUUCUCCGCCGCCGACGGCUCCAUCCAGCGCUGCGACCUCUCCACCGGCGCCAACGUCACCACCAUCAUCCCCGCCCGCACCGGCAUCGGCGCCCUCCGCACCCCAAAGCAACUCGUCCUCGCGCCCCUCUCCCAAAAGCUCUACUGGUGCGACCGCGAAGGCAUGCGCGUCAUGCGCGCCAACCUCGACGGCAGCGGCGUCGAGACGCUCGUGCAAACCGGCACCGCGCCGGACGACGCCGCCGACAAGUCCCGCUGGUGCGUCGGCGUCGCCGUCGACGAGCGCGCCGGCCUGGUCUACUGGACGCAAAAGGGCCCGUCCAAGGGGGGCGCGGGGCGCAUCUUCCGCGCGCCCAUCGACGCCGCCACCCGCACCGAACACUUCGAUCCAGCGCGCAGGACCGACGACGUCGAGUGCCUCUUCGACGGGCUGCCCGAGCCCAUCGACCUCGAGCUGGACGUCGGCCGGCAGCUGCUGUACUGGACGGACCGGGGGGAUCCGCCGACGGGGAACACGCUGAACAGGGCGUACGUGGGGCCUGGUAUGGAAGGGGGGAGGGGAGAGGAGGAGAAAGGGGGCGGGCGUGAGAGGCAGGUUUUGGCGAUGCGCUUUCACGAGGCGAUUGGGUUGGCGCUGGAUGAGAGGGAGGGCGUGGCGUACGUCACUGAUCUGGCGGGGGGCGUGUAUCGGGUGGAGCUGCCGGCGGAGGGCGGCGGCGGGGGGCAAGGGAGGAAGGAGGUCUUGAUUGCCGAGCUGGGCGAUGUGACGGGUAUCGCGCUGGGUGGUGGAAGCUGA